CCACACAUCAGGCACGGAGAUUUCAUUGGCCGACUGGAGACUUGGACUAGCAGGACUCGCUGACUUGCAACUGUUGCUGGAGCUUUCAUUCGCACUGCGCAUACUGGCUCCGCAGGUGGACGAAAGGUGCUCGGAGAGCGGGACCUCGGCCGCAGCUUGUGGGAACCAGCAGACGCGACCAUGGCCCUGCCGGACACGCGGGCCUGCUGGCCAGUGGCGGCCUCAGUCGCGGUCUUUGUCUUCUUCGGCACGAUGGUGGUCAGGUCGGAGUCCAUCAUGUACUUGGGAUUCAUGGACAUGCUUCAUGUCAACCGAGAGAAAGCAUCGUGGCCACUCACUAUCGCCAUCAUCAUGUCGCAGCUCUCAGGACCCCUGUACGGAUUGCUCGGCAUAUGGCUCUCGGACAGGACUCUGAUGGUGGCCGGCGCCCUGCUCUGCGCGCUGCCUGUGAUGGCCUGCGGCUUGGUACAGAGCUUCGGACUCGUCGUUUUCCUCUAUGGCGUCCUCUUCGGCCUUGGCUUGGCCUGCGUCGACUUGGUGCCGUACACGGUCGUGGCUCGUCACUUUGUUCGCUACCGGGCCACGGUUAUGGGAUCAGUGUUCGUGGUCGCUGCACUGUCGGGAUUCGUCUUCCCGCUGAUGGUUGAAGCGCUGCGGAAGGCGUUCCCGUUCCACUACGUGCUACUCACGCUGGGAGCACUGGAACUUUUCAUGCUCGCGGGCUGCAUCGUCGUAGACCGUGUUCCCCGAAGCGACGACGGUGCUUCCCGUUCCAUGGGCUACGCCGAGCCGGCGACCUCGCCGUCUGUCGCCUGCGCAAACAGUUUGGAGAAGGCUUGUAUCGCGAAGUCCUUCACCAAAGAUAUCGUCACGUCCCUGGCCGUUACUAGCGACCACGCAGAAAGCCAGGCGCCCUGCGAGACCAAUCCGCUGCUCGGGCAGUGGCAGCCGGUGAAGGGCAAACUGACGCGCAACCUGCGCUCGCUCGCUUCCGGGGCGUUCUUGCACGUGGCCGUGUCGCGGGCGGUCUCGUUCUUCGUCAUCACCUCGUUCCUGCUGACCGCCGUCGACUUCGGCGCGGACAACGGCCUCGUCAGCUUCCAGGCAGUCGCCUUGGUCACCACCUGUGCCGUCGGCGACUUGGUGUCCAAGAUCGCGAUCGGCUGCGUCCUGGACGCCAAGAUGCUGAGCCAUGAAGCGCUGAUACUCUGCGGCUUCGCUAUCCAGGCUGCCUCAUUGGUAGUCACGGUGCUUGUCAAGAAGUACUGGGUUCUCCUAGUGAGCAGCUUCUUCACCGGGCUCACAGGGGGAAGUCGAAUAUUCGCCUGCACCGUCGUGGUAGCCGACCUGUUCGACCAACAGUCGCUGCCGCUGGGCCUGGGCGUCACAAACUUCAUCGCCGGCAUCGUUUGUCUCGCUCGGCCGCCUUUGAUCGGCUACGCGCGGGACGUUGGGGGUUCGUACGACCUCCUCUACGUAGCCCUCGCAAUCGUAAACGGCGUCUUCACGCUCACGUGGACGAUCAGUCUGUGCUGGCGGACGCUUCAAAGACGCCGGCAGAAGGAGCCGCUCCCCGGUCUAUCAGAAUGUUGUCUCAUGCUGGUAACCCGCAAGUCGUUCCUGAAUUGCAAGUACCGGGCUCACAGAUGACGAUUAUUGUUGUGGGACGAGAUAAGCCCCAAAAGGUGUACAUUUCUUUUUGAGACUGUAAGAGUAAAACCGCAUCCACCGGGGCCUUACUGACCACACACGUGUCACACACACUAAUAAUCGCGGCGUGCUUCAUUGACUACGACCAAGAGAAUUGCAAGAACGCUGGCACACCGCAGACUUGUACGUAACUAAAUACAUAUAAUUAGGUACUUCUAAUCAACCACAUUUUUCAGUGAAUUUGUGGGUAAUUUAUUACUUCGCUUACUCGGUAACACUCACUUCAAUUCAAUUAUUUUUCAGGAACCAAUUACAUGCAACCAGUUUACUUAUUUACUGAAAACCUUUAACCGGCGACGUAGCUUUGACCACCUGAAUUAGGCGAGAACUUGAGUAGAACGCCAGCUGUCGUGCCACGCAGCAUCCUGGCGAUAUCUCCAUAUUCAGAGAGGCGAACCCGGGUGCUCAGUAUUCAUUUGCACAUCUUAACUCUCCACCAUAUGUUCGCCGAGGAUUUGAACCGGAGCUGCUAAGGCUGCUAAGGCCACGGCUGACGUUAAUGUCAUGAAGUCACCUGCGUGCAAUUAUUUAAGAUUUCCAUCGGUCCUCUCGGGAACUUCUUCUCCGAGCCCCAGCAACAAAGAAGCCCGGCGGCUCACAGAGAACGCAGACUCAAGCACCGUAGCACUGAAUAACCAUGGCCUUGUGCGCGGGGUAUUGGUACGUUACGACGCCACCCUUACAACCAUCUCGCGCAUGCAACGAGUUUUCAGUUUCGCUGCUGGUGUCUUCACAAGGAAAUAAAGGAAUAUAUACCUAACAGAAAAUUUGUAAAGCAGUUGUUAGUCAAAAUAAACAUAUUGCACGCUGAAAGAGACAGGCCAGCCAGCUCGUUCUAUUCGCCGUAUUCGGGCAAUAUCAUUAAAGGUUUGGAGGAAAGUAACGUAAAAGUAAUUGAUUACAUUUCAGUAAUUGACCAAUUACUUUCGUAGAGCAGUAAUUAGUAUAUGAAGUAAAUCACGCUUUUGAAUCAAGUAAUUGUAAUUGUAAUCGGUUAUUUUUUUCUGUAGCGUGUACAAGUCUGGUGCACCGGUAUACUUCUCGCAUAUUUCGAAUGAACUAUCGAUGACAGUCACGCACCGAAAAUGUUCCGAGGCUUGAGCCUCCCCGAGAAGAGCUCUUCGCUGGUAACAUACAGGCCCCUGCUUUCUGAAUCACUCAUGCUCGUUUUUCUUCACAGCGCAAGCUAUCGUAGGCUUUUAAAGCCAACUUUGUAAUUCCUGUCCAUUUCUUACGUCCUGUCAUUGCGCCGUUUUCUGCUCAAGUAAGGAGCCAACCAUCCCAAAUGAGUGAGUGAGUGA